AUGGAAUCUAGUAGCGGAGUAGAACAUGUAUCCAUUUGUAUCGAUGGAAAGCUUGCUCGUCACUCUGGUUUGUUUCGUGAACGUUGCAUUUUCAAAGUGCAUGAAAAGCUACGGAAGUUAAACCCAGAUGCAUAUGAACCAGCAGUUCUUGCAAUUGGUCCAUACCACCGAGGAAAAAUUAAUCUCCAAGGGAUGGAAGAGGUUAAACUGCAGUACCUAAAAUCACUUCUUGCACGAAAGGAGGAGACCAGCGCAAAGAAAUACGUAAUUGCAAUGAGGGAAUUGGAGGAAGAGGCACGUGAAUGUUAUGCAGAACCCGUAGGCCUCACUUCAGAUGAAUUCGUGCUUCUUGAUGGCUGCUUCAUCAUUGAACUGUUCUUGAAGUUGUUAACCGAUGUUGCAAUAGAUGAAAAUGACCCUAUUUUUGGAACAUAUUGGAUGGGCAGCUUAUUACUGCUUGAUUUGAUCUUAUUCGAAAAUCAACUUCCCUUUUUUGUUCUUCUCAAAUUGUAUGCCUUGAUUGAGGAUACAAAACCAGAGGAGUUCGUUUACAUUGCAUUGACUUUCUUUGCCUUCUUCUUGAUUAAAAAUAUAGCCAAACCUAGAAUAUUGGAUAUGAGUUCUAUUCACGAAGUCCAGCAUUUACUCGACUUGCUACACCGUAGUAGAUGCCCUGAUCCAUUUGUAAGGACUGAGAAAAGAAAGGGAAGUGAAUGGGAGCGCAUACAAUGUGCAUCUCAACUUGUAAAGUCUGGAAUUAAGUUCGAGAAAGCUGAAGGCAGCAGCAACUUGUUUGAUAUUACAUGCUCUAAAAGGACACUGAAAAUCCCACAUUUGACCAUUGAAGAUCGAACUGAGCCCCUCUUCAGAAACCUCAUUGCGCACGAGCAGUACAGUGAUGUGAAUCAGUCUUGCUAUAUCACCAAUUAUUGCUUCUUGAUGGAUUGUCAUUGA